AUGCUCAGAACUACUUUAAGGACCAUCGUUAGGAACACUUCUUAUGGAGGCAUAACUAGUAGGUGUGCAUCUAGUGUCGCUGCACCUGCUGCUAAGAAAUCUCGAUUUGAUAAAAGCGUUGUCAAACCUUUGCUAGUAUUAGUAGUAUUUGGAUCAGUGCUAACAAAUGUAAUGGAAGAGAGGAGAAAAUAUAGUGAUAUGGAGAGAAGGUAUCAACUGAAGAUUAAUAAGCUUGAAGAGCUGAUUGAAAGAGCAAACGUUGGCGAAAAGAAUCUGGAUAUCGCUGCUGAGCUGAAAAUAAUUGAUGCACUAUUCAAAGUGAGUCAGAAUCAAAGAUAUACAGGUAUAAUUGGAAAUACCAAGCAUCACAAUGGUCCUAGCACUCCGCUUAAGAGCAAACAGGACAACGAAGAAAGCUUGGAAGACAUCUGGCAAGAGUUAGUAUCUUCUUUGGAAGAAGACGAGUUAAAACUGAAGAGAGAACAAGAAUUAAAUAAAGCAAAGCUAAGCAAUGAGCUGGUCACAGAUAAGCAGUUGCUGAAAGAGCAAAAGAAAAAAGAGGAGCUUGAAAAAAACUUAGUUCCUUCUCAUGCAACACACACAAUUGUCAGCACUCCAGGUGAAGUAUCUGAAGCCGCCAAAGACACAUCAUUGAAAAGGUUUGUAUAA